AAGUGUCGUUUCGGGCAACCUCAAUUUUAACAGCUUUUAGGUGUCAUUCCUUAUGUACAUAGAUGGGACUCCUCUACUCUAGUCUCCAUGAUGGCAUUGAUCCCAUGUCUGUGAACUUUCAUAUUUGAGCCUGUUCAUGACAAGGUACAUACAGUCGGCAUGGUCGGCACCGCAGAACAGUGUCAUGGCGUGACCGCGAUGACAGAAAGCAUUUUCUUUGUGGAGGAGUCGAAUCCAAAGAAGAAAAUGUGGAGUAGAUUCUGCUGUAGCAAAAGCAAUGUGGUGCUAUUCCUCAUAAGCGUCAUUCUAACCCAAUGGUUAAUCUUCUAUCAAGAGUAUCACAAAUGGCAGGCAUUCCAAGAAAAAUGGAAUAACUAUAUAUCCGAGCUGAGCGAUGUGCAAACAAAAAUUUCGAGAAUAAAUGAGCUUGAAGGGAAAAUUGCAGAUAUUAAAUCACGACCUACUAUAUAUGCAAUAACGCCAACGUUCGCCAGACCCGUUCAAAAGGCAGAGUUGACACGUUUGGCACAGACGUUUUUACACAUUUUUAAUUUCCACUGGAUUGUUGUAGAGGAUUCUGUAAAGAAAACGGAUUUGGUGACGAAUUUUUUGGCGCAGAGCAGAUUAGCGUACACGCAUUUGAAUGUGUCCACACCUCCGAAUUAUAAAUUAGGCAAGAAUGAUCCUAAUUGGAAAAAACCGCGUGGAGUCGAACAACGGAAUGCAGCUCUUAGGUGGAUAAGGGAAAGCUUGACUCAGGAUGACAACGGAAUAGUUUUUUUUGCUGAUGACGAUAAUACUUAUUCCAUUAAAUUGUUUAGAGAGAUGGAGAAAAUUAAAACAGUUGGUGUUUGGCCUGUUGGCCUUGUCGGUGGCUUAAUGGUUGAAAAACCUAUUUGUGAUAAUGUUACGAGGAAGGUAGUGGGUUUUAAUUCUGUGUGGAAACCAGAUAGACCUUUUCCAUUGGAUAUGGCAGGAUUUGCUGUAAAUUUGAGGCUUAUUCUUGAGCAUAAGAAUGCCUGGUUUUCAUUUACAGUUCAAAGUGGUUAUCAGGAAAGUGAAAUAUUAAGGCAAAUGAUUCCAGGAAUUGAACAUCUAGAACCUUUAGCUGAUUUUUGUACAAAGGUGUACGUAUGGCAUACACGUACCGAACCUCCAAAACUAAAUGAUGAGCAGCUUCUGAUUAAAAAAGGAAAACCGUCAAAUGCUGGUAUAGAAGUCUAAUAGUAUUUUUAUGUAUUGUUAAGUUAAGUAAGGGGCAAUGAAUUGAAAUUGUUAUUCUAAUAAAGUAAAUUCUCACAGCCGUUACAAUCCUUAAAA